AUGAAGGUUCAGGUCGUGUUCCCGUUCGCCGCUCUGCUUGGCGCUGCUCUUGCUGCUCCAGCUCCUGUUGCACAGGAGGUGGGUGUCAGCUUCCCGAUCACAGAUGUUAUCGACACAGGUCUUACCAUCAAAGAGUAUGCUGAGCAGCUCGAGGCCGGUGUUCAGCCUGAGAAGGUCGCAUUGACCAAGCGACAAUACGGUGCAGACACUUACAAUCAGCUCACUGAUGGUACUCCUUGCCGUGCUGUCACUGUCAUCUGGGCUCGCGGCACUACUCAGACGGGCAACGUCGGAUCAGCCGAUAGCGAGGGACCCACCUUCUUCAACGCUCUUGCUAACCGUCUUGGUGGAACCAGCCGCUUGGCUAUUCAAGGGGUUGCCUACCCAGCUGACAUCUUGGGCUUCCUUGCUGGAGGUGACGCGAAUGGUGCUACAACCAUGUUUAAUCUGAUCAACACCGCUAUCAGCAAAUGCCCAUCAACCAAGAUUGUAGUAACUGGUUACAGCCAGGGUGCUCAGCUGGUGCACACAGCGACACAGCGACUCACCGCCGCAGCUGCCGCCCGAGUCAGUGCAGUUGUCACUUUCGGUGAUGCCGACCGCGAUGAGACCUUCGGCAGCGUCGCAACCUCCAAAGUUCUCAUCAUCUGCCACCAAGGCGACAACAUCUGCGAGAACGGCAUCAUCAUCACUUCUGAGCACAGGAACUACGAGUUGGAUGCUCCUACCGCCGCCGAAUUUGUUGCUGGCAAGGUCUAG